AUGCCACGCCUCUUCCUUGUCGGCAAAGUCGGAGAGGUCGCGCUGUCGGCUGUUUCGUCUUAUUUGCUGCCCAUGCACCUCACCGCGCCUCCCUCGACGCCGUUCAACAAGAUCACCACAAGCAGUCAAGGUCGUCAUGCGCAGGUUGUCAUGCGCACUUAA